CCUAAUUUAUAAAUAAACUCCCAAGGCUCCUCUCUUUCUCAACUCUCCAAGAUUUUUACUCUCUUCCAGCCAUCUGCAAUGGGGAAAGAUUCGAUAUUCGGAGAUGGGGUGCUUAAAAAGAUCAUCCUAUCCUACACCUAUGUCUCCAUAUGGAUCUUCCUUUCCUUCACUGUUAUAGUCUACAACAAAUACAUUCUUGAUCGUAAACUCUAUAACUGGCCCUUUCCCAUUUCACUAACCAUGAUUCACAUGGCUUUCUGCUCUUCCUUGGCAUUUAUAGCUGUCCGAAUGCUCAAGCUCGUCGACCCCGUUUCCCUUUCUCUCCAUGUCUACCUCAAAUCGGUCCUCCCCAUUGGUGCCCUCUAUUCACUGUCCCUCUGGUUCUCAAACUCUGCCUAUAUUUAUCUAUCUGUCUCCUUUAUCCAGAUGCUCAAGGCCCUUAUGCCUGUUGCUGUCUAUACGAUUGGGAUCCUUUUCAAAAAGGAUGCUUUGAAGAGCAACACCAUGGGGAACAUGCUUGCCAUUUCUCUUGGCGUCGCAGUUGCUGCCUACGGUGAAGCCAAGUAUGAUUCGUGGGGCGUUUUUCUUCAACUGGGUGCGGUUCUUUUCGAGGCUACAAGAUUGGUUAUGAUUCAGAUUUUAUUGACUUCAAAGGGGAUCAAUUUGAACCCAAUCACUUCACUUUACUACGUUGCUCCCAGUUGCUUGGCCUUUCUUUCCAUUCCCUGGAUUAUAGUGGAGUACCCUGUGCUGAAGCAGAAUUCAGGCUUUCAUUUUGAUUUUGUUAUUUUUUGGACUAAUUCACUGUGUGCUUUUGCGUUGAACUUGGCUGUAUUCUUGUUGGUUGGAAAGACUUCGGCCUUGACCAUGAAUGUGGCUGGAGUAGUGAAGGAUUGGCUGCUGAUCGCUUUUUCAUGGUCCGUCAUUAAGGAUACAGUGACGCUUGUCAACUUGUUUGGGUACGGGUUGGCAUUUUUAGGUGUUGCGUAUUAUAAUUACUCCAAAUUACAGUCUUUGAAGGCGACGGAGAUGCAGAAGAAGGUACAGGCAGCAGAUGACGAAGCUGGAAAAUUGUUGGAAGAAAGAGAAGAAGAUGGAAUGGAGAAGAAGGGAGAUGCAUCGGUGUAAUUGGAAAAUUUUUGAGUUAGGGGAGGCAAAUGUUGGGGUAAAAAUGUUAAGAGGUAGGGGUGGAUCUGGGAUUUAAAUAUGUUGUCUGAUGAAUCUGUGAAUGUGCUUCAAUUUACUUCUUCUUGGUUUAUGAUCAUUAUGCGUGUUUAAGUAGUGUGAAAUUUUCAAUUGCCUUUCAAA